AUGGCUAUCAGCCCAGCCGCUGGCGGCGAGAUAAUCGACGACGAAAAGGUGCACCACGCCUCAGGGAGCAGCGUGUCCACAACAACGCUAGGCUCCGCAAGCCUCCAGAACGUAGACGCCGCAGCCGUACCGGGCGGCCACAAAGGCCCGAGUGAAGUCGAAGGAAACGCCAACGCCAGGCCACACUCGGAUCACACUGCAGAUGAUGUCGGGACACCUGCGCAACCACAACAGGCCGCUCCAGCCAGUGGCGAUGCGGCGUCAACCCCGGGGCAGGACGCCGGUGGCGCAAGAUCGCCCGAGGACCAGCGCACCACCCUCCAGACGACCCUCAUCAUGAUCUCGCUCUGCCUGGGAGUUUUCCUGGCCGCUCUGGAUGUGACGAUCGUCACUGUGGCCGUCCCGAAAAUCUCUUCUGAUUUCGACUCCACCGCCGGCUACACCUGGGUUGGCUCUGCCUACCUGCUCGCGAACGCGGCGGCGGCGCCCAGCUGGGGCAAGAUAUCUGAUAUCUGGGGCCGCAAGCCUGUUUUGUUGACCGCGGUGGGCGUCUUCUGGGUCGGCUCGCUGCUGGCGGGAGUGAGCGUCAGCAUGGGGAUGCUCAUAGUCGGCCGAGCGAUCCAAGGCAUUGGCGGCGGCGGGAUCCUGAUCUUGGUCAAUAUCUGCAUCAGCGACUUGUUCUCAAUGCGGAGGAGAGGGCAGUUCCUGGGAAUCGUGAGCUUAGUAUGGGCCCUGGCUGGUGGGUUCGGGCCGGUGCUUGGCGGCGUCUUCACGCAACAGACCACCUGGAGGUGGUGCUUUUACAUCAACCUGCCGAUCUCAGGCUGUGCCAUGGUCAUCCUCUUCUUCGCCCUGCAUCUUCACAACCCGCGCACGGGGGUCAAGGAAGGCCUCGUAGCGAUCGACUGGCUUGGCUCGCUCACCAUCGUGGGUGGCACACUGAUGAUCCUGCUCGGCCUCGAGUUCGGCGGUGUGACGUUCCCAUGGGACUCUCCCACCGUUAUUUGCCUGAUCGUGUUUGGCGCUGUGCUAGUGGGCUUGUUCUUCCUCGUCGAGCUCAGGGUGGCCAAGUUCCCGGUCAUCCCGCUCCGCAUCUUCAAGCAGCCCUCCAACCUUGCCGUCGUCGGUCUCAGCGCCUGCCACGGUUUCGUGUUCAUCUCGGCGAGCUACUAUCUACCGCUGUACUUCCAAGGUGUUUUGGGCGCAGACCCGCUGCUGUCUGGUGUCUAUGUCCUGCCCUAUACGUUUGUCAUGGGCGCGGCGGCAGCAGUGACGGGCUUCGUCAUCAAGAAAACAGGAAAAUACGUUCCUGCUAUUAUCUUUGGCUUCGUGUUCAUGACGCUGGGCUACGGCCUGUUCAUUGACCUCGAUCCAUACGAGAACUGGGCGAAGAUCGUUGUUUACCAGAUUAUCCUCGGCCUCGGGGUGGGACCCAACUUUCAGUCGCCCCUCAUCGCGCUCCAGACGACCGUCCAGCCAAAGGACAUAGCAAGCGCAACAGCGACCUACGGAUUCAUGCGUCAGGUCGCGACAUCCAUGAGUGUCGUCAUCGGAGGCGUCAUCUUCCAGAACGAGAUGCAGAAGCAGUACCCUACCCUCAUCGACCAGCUCGGCCCGGACAUCGCGAACCUGCUCAGCGGCGCCAACGCGGCGUCGAGCGUGGAGGCGGUGGCUGAGCUCCCACAGCCCCAGAGGGGCGUCGCCCAGCGGGCGUACUUCAGCGCCAUCCGGAUCAUGUUCAUCUUCUACGUGGCAUUCGCGGGCCUGGGCGUUAUCCUCAGCUUCUUCGUGGGUAGCCGCAAGCUGAGCAAGGAGCACACCGAGCACAAGACGGGGCUGCAGACGCUGCAGCCUGCUCGGGGCCCGGUCGGGGACGAGGAGAAGAGGCCCGGCGGGGAUGGGGCUGCUGCUGCUGGCGGCGUGACGGGGGAGUCCGAGGCUCGUGAGGCCGGAGCUCAGGAGGCCGCUGGUGCUGCCCGCGACUCGCGUCCAUGA